AUGAGCAUGAGAAGCACACAAAGAGAAGAAAGCAGAAGCAGCAGAGAAAUCAGAGGAAGAAGCCAAAGCAGAGGAAUCAACGGGAGAGAAGAGCAUCAUCUCAUUGAUGAUGAAGAUUAUGUCCUUUAUUAUGAUCUAGUCGCAAGAAGAAAUUUUAAUGCUGAUAAUGGUGAUGAUAACAACGACUUUAACCCUGAUGAAUUCUCGUAUGAAUCCAACGACUCAGAUGUCGAGUAUCAGGAUCAAGACGAUCAUCAUGGGAUGGAGCUUGUGACGUUCACAAGGAAAGACGGGACUACCUACGAAGCUUGGAUUUAA